AUGUCGGCAUCUUCAUCUGACGAAGUUUUCGAAGAAAGAUUUGACGAAGUUUUCGAAGAAAUCUUCGAAGAUACAUUCACCAACAUAGUCGAGGCCCAAACCAGUAACCAAAGGAGCCGUGCUUAUAUUGAACGAAACCGUGAAGGAGGACAAGACCGCUUAUGGAAUGACUACUUCAGCGAAGAUGCGACAUUCUCGUCACAAAUAUUCAGACGCUGCUUUCGCAUGAAUAAGGAUUUAUUCUUGCGUAUUGUCUAUGGGCUAUCCGAGAACUUUCCAUUCUUUCAGCACAGAAGAGAUGCAACCGGGAGGUUCGGUCUUUCUGCACUACAAAAAUGUACGGCAGCAAUUCGUAUGCUUGCUUACGGUUCUGCGGCUGACACGGUUGACGAAUAUCUCCGACUUGGACGAACCGGGGCAAUGUCUUCUUUCUCAUUUAACUACUGUUUUUUGGCUGAGGUCACUGCUUCUAAUCUAAAAGAAGACAAACUUUAUCUUCCUGUGGGAGCUACGAGUUCUACUGCUUUGCACAAACUAUGCAAAGAGACGAUACUGGUGAACAAAGAGAGAAAUUCAUGGAAUGUGAGUUUGCAAUUUAGCGAAUCAGCCGGCAAGUAUUACAUCACAAGAGGCUGGAGAAAGUUCUGUCUCGAUAACAGAUGCGAGAUAGGAGACUUAUUUGCGUUCAAUGUGGUUGGAGAUGGGAAAACUACUCCAUUGAUGUGUCCGAUAGAAGGUGGAACAAUAGAGUGGUAUACAGGGUCACCACCUAAGAGAACCGGGAAUCCUCUUGUCCACGACCUUCAUUUCGUUCACUGCCAUGACCUUCUCCCCAAUUUCCCAAGCACCAAGGCUUGA